AUGAUACCACCCAAGCUACCGAUUUUUAUCUGCCAUCGGGGGAGGGCUCCCCGAGGCUUCCCAGAUGCUGCACUGGAAAGCGCGGACCGCAGCCCGCCCUCCCCAGCCCAGAGCGAGGCUGGGUGCCCCGGGCAGGAGCCAGACCGGGUGCCAGCGCCGGGCGGCCGCGCCAGGGAUGCCGCUUCCUCUGGGCCUGGCACUGCCGGCCCAUUCAUCGUCCCCGGCCGGGCGCCCUCGCGCCGGGUCCGCGCGGCCAGCCGGGAAAACGGCGCUCCCCGGCCCCGCCGCCAGGGGGAGCAGGGAGUCGCCUGCCACCCCUCCGGGAAGUUGCCACCGCGGCCCACCGGGCGUCUGGCCCUGGACGGUCCAGGUCCCCGCACGGCGGGCCACCCCCACCUCCGCGGCCCCGCACCCGCCCCGCCCCGUCGGCGCCGAUCGGCCCAGCGGAGCCGGGGCCGCGGCCCGAACCCGGACUCCAGCCCGGCAACGUCAUCCGGCCGCUUCCCGAAGCUUAACCCCUUCCUCUGCCAGCUGCGCGCCGCCCCGCCCCGCCGCCAACUUUCUUCGCCCAACUUCGGAGCUCGCGGGCCGGCCCGACGGCCAGGCAGAGACGAAGGGAAGGAGGGAGCGGCGGCCACGUCGCGCCGCGGGGCCGCGGCCGGUCCCGCCGACGGCGAGGACGUGGGGUUCACACAGCGGGCGCGCUCGGCCGACGCCCCCCCGCAUGGGGUUCGGGCCCGGCACAACGCCACCCCCAACCCCGGGGCCCACCGGGACCCCCCCCUCGCCCAGGUCCGCGACCGCGGCGACGGCGGGCGGCACCGCCGCCGGGGGAGGGGCCGCCAAGGAGACGUGUCACUCCCGGCGCGGCCCGGCCCAGCCCGGCCCCGGCGCCCCGACGGCCCAGCCCGCGCGCCGCCGCCGCUGCUGCAGGGCCCGGCCAAGUUUCUUACCUGCAGCCGGAGACGCGGGAGGGAGAGCGAGAGGGCAGGAGCCGCCGCCGCCGCCGCGGAAGCGGGAGAGAGAGGAGCCGGCCAAGCCUCUGCCGAGAAGCCGCCCCCUAAGCAGCUGCAGGCGCCUCGAUCCCGACGCUGCCCGCCCCGUCCGCCGUCCGCUCCGGCCGCUCGCUGGCUGCGGAUCGCCGCCUCCUGCCUUCCCCACCCGGGCCAGCCAUUCAUCGAGCCGCCUUUCCCCAUUGGCUCGCACCCCGCCACUCCGUCGGCCGCUGGCCAGUCAGAGCGCCGGCGGCCGAACCGCGGCGGCGCCCAUUGGGCUAGGAGGCGGGCCUCCGCCUCGGCCAAUGGGAGAGGGGAGGAGCUGCGGGGCGCCGCGGGGGCGGGGCCGGGGUAG